UUAUCUGUUUGUGUACAGUGUAUCGUAUCAUAUCAUGUUUACCUUCAUCCAUUCUAUUGUUUAGCCAAUUGACAAUUCAUAUAAUCAUUUAUCAUAAUCGAUGUAAUGUGUAAUUUCCUCUCUUAUUUUUAAUACAGGUGUAUUUUAACUCUUAAAAUAGGUAAUAGUCAACGAUUUUGAACGUUUUGCUCGCAAUCUGUAUAUUUGUAUCUGUGUAUUUGCUAAACAAUAUCGGGUUAAAUAAUUAUUUUUUUUAAAAUGCUGCGUCCGAUGCUAUGUUUUUUUCUCGUUUGCUAUUUUCAUUUUAGCGAAUUAUCCACAACAUCAAAACUGGAAAUCAUCCCAAAGGAUCCUUUGUCCGACGAGUUCAUUCACUAUAUAAAUUCUAUACAAAAUACAUGGAAGGCCGGACGAAAUUUCCAUCCAGACACACCUAUGUCGUACCUUAGAAGGUUAAUGGGUGUGCAUCAAGAAAAUGAUAAUCAAGAAAAACUAGAAAGAUUGUUAAGUUACACUGAAAGUACUGAUUUGCCAGAAAAUUUUGAUUCUAGAGAAAAUUGGCCUAAUUGUCCAACAAUUAGAGAAAUCCGGGAUCAAGGGUCGUGUGGAUCAUGUUGGGCUUUUGGAGCAGUGGAAGCUAUGUCUGAUCGUGUUUGUAUACAUUCCAAUGGAACAAAGAAUUUCCAUUUUUCUGCUGAAAACUUAGUGUCUUGCUGUUGGACUUGUGGCUUUGGUUGCAACGGUGGUUUCCCUGGUGCAGCAUGGCGCUAUUGGAAAACUAAAGGGAUUGUCAGCGGAGGCCCAUAUAAUUCUCAUCUGGGUUGUAUUCCAUAUGAAAUUUCUCCGUGUGAGCAUCAUGUAAACGGAACAAGAGGACCUUGUAAAGAAGGAGGAAAGACUCCUAAAUGUGUUAAGAAAUGUGAAGAUGGAUAUAAAUUAUCUUAUGCUGAGGAUUUACAUCGAGGUAAAUUUGUAUACUCUAUUGGAAAUGAUAUUGAUGAAAUAAGACAGGAAAUUUUUAACAAUGGACCUGUAGAAGGAGCGUUUACUGUGUACGAAGACUUUGUAGCGUACAAAUCAGGAGUUUAUAAGCAUGUCGCUGGCAAAGCACUUGGAGGACACGCCAUUAGAAUACUCGGAUGGGGUGUAGAAAAUGAUACUCCCUACUGGUUGGUAGCCAAUUCAUGGAAUACAGAUUGGGGCGAUAAUGGUUUCUUCAAAAUACUGAGAGGAAACGAUGAAUGUGGCAUUGAAUCUCAAAUUAAUUCUGGAAUACCAGCCUAAUUUAUUUAAUUAUAUACAAUACUAGUUACAUGUAUGGAAUAAUGAUUUGAUUUUUAAAUAUUUUUUAAUUGAAUCAUUAUUUUGGUAUCUCACCUAUUUGUAUAUAUUUAGAGCCACAAAAGAAUCUAAAGAUAAUUUUAUCAACUAUUAAAAUGAUGGUA